AAACUUCCACUUUCUAGUCAGGAUUUGUUUUGUAGUCUAUUAGAACAAUAAAACUUUUCAGUGUCAUUCACUAAAGAGUUGGCCUAACUUGCAAUGUAAGUUUGUCUGUAAUUUGAUCAUCAAUAUGUGUGAGAGUGAAAAUUUUUUGUAAAUUUGUCUGCAAUUUAAAUUAUUACAUGUGUGAGAGUUUACAUUUUGUGUGUUUCUUUGCUUCUUGAAUUGUAUUUCUUAAAAUCAGUGAAUUCAUAUUUUCUUAACCUCCCCUUAAAAAACAGCCAAACUGAAUUUUUGGGGUAAAAGUUAAAAUUUUAUUGGCAUUUGGUUUAUUUAUUAAAUUUCAACUCGAUGAGUUAACGGGAUGUAGGUCUUUGCCGUCUGAAGAUUUUGCCACAAAGUUAGAAACACAAGAACAAAAGCGAUGUUAAUAGAAAUGAUAUAAAAAGCAGGUCACAUUAUAAAAAUAUAGCUGCACUUGUUUGAAGAACUAUUUGAAACAAAACGUAUUUAUAAUGCUAAAACCAAGCCUCUUCAGGACAGAUACCUGAGAUCAGCUCGAUUAGAACGAAUUAUUUCAUUAAUAGUGACCGAAAGAUAUACAAUUUUCACAAUAUCCUGUUAAAAAUGUAAAUAAUCCCUUCUGAAGUUGAUAUUGUGACUAAGGAGGGAAGUUCCUUAGGUAAAUGAAGGCUGAAAAUUGUGCCUGAGAAAUACUUUUAGAUUUCAUGAUUCUAAAGUGUAAUAGUUUACAAAUGUUUUUUUGUUAGGAAUAUUUAUACAUGAGCUAAAAAUGAACAUGGAGAAUGAAAUAAAAUACAAAACAUUUCCAUUAAUUUCGAUCUAUAAAGAAAUCUGUAUCUUAUAUUAUAUAAUAAGAACUGGGCAAAUAAUUGAAAAAUAUAUAUAUAUAUAUAUAUUUUAGAACCGAUGAAAAUAUUUCCGCGUGGUAUUAGUCUCGUUGUGUGAUAGAACAGCUUGAUUGUGUGAUACGGGGCUAAAGCAUUUAUUUUGGGGACUUGAUUGGACAUAUCUGAAAUUUAUAUAGUAUAUUUUAGACUGACUGUUCCACUGUGGGGGCGGCAGUUAUGUCCAAAAAUCCCACGAACAAUAAGUGCUUGGAACCAACUGGACAAUGCCCCCGUGGACUCGAGAUCAAUCGAGACUUCCAAGGCUGCCAUGGCACCCGCUAGGAACGGUUGGGAUAGCCGUAUCGUUUCCCAAAUCGUUGCAAAUAUGCCAGUACUUGGUUACAGCAACGUUGUCUAUCAGAAUCAGAAUCAGAAUUACAUAUAAAUGUGUGAUUUUAAUCAAGUAAAGUCAUUUCGUAAAUGUUUGUGAAAAUGUUAAGUCUGGCUUAUAAUCGAACCUGUUGAGAUAGGUGGGGGGGGGGGGCUCUGCAAGAACUAAAUUAGGUUAGUAUCUAUCGUAGGGGAUGCUUCAGUUCCUCCAAACAUAAAAUCACUGCCAUGUGGUCCUGUUGAGAUAGGUGGGGGGGGGGGGGCUCUGCAAGAACUAAAUUAGGUUAGUAUCUAUCGUAGGGGAUGCUUCAGUUCCUCCAAACAUAAAAUCACUGCCAUGUGGAGCGUUCUGUUUUCAGGAUUUAUCCGAGCGCAAUUUCAGAAAUGCGCAAAGAUUUUUUUACAUAAAAAAAAAUUAUAUUGCAUAAGCGGGAAAGGUGACAUUGAAGAGUUGGGCCAAAUCAAUGGCUAGUCGAUAUUUUUUUUUAAAAAGUGUUUAUUUCAUUGUACUGUCUUCCCUAGCCUGUAGCAUGUCACUGUACAUCCAUUUCCUCGUCUGUCUGUCUGCUCUGACCUGGGCUGAGAUCAACUUGAAGCCCUACGAUGUCACGGCAGGUGUUAUGUUCAAGGCUGUGGAUGUCAAUCAGGAUGGUCUGGUCAGUAGGAAUGAACUGGACCUAGCUUUUAAGGUUAGUACUAUGUUGCUUUUAUUUGGGUUAUCAUUUUCAAUAUCUGUAAUCAGUAGGAUACAUAGGCGGAUGCAAGAGGGAGUCGACCGCCCCGGACGGCACUCUUCUUGUUGAAUGUGUUUGUGUGUGUUUUGGGCACUAUUUCUGUUACUUUUCCAAGGUGGCAUUUAGUCAAGGUACGCCAGUGUCUUAAAUUGAUCAAAUCCUCUUCAAGCAAACAUCUUCUUCUUCUUCCGUCUGCUUUUACCAAAGUUGCGUCGCAGGAUGGUAUAGUGUGUGAUUAACCAGCUGAGAGGUCACAGUUUUGAACAUUAGGGUGUCAAUCAGCCGAAGACCUGGCCCUUAAAACGGAGUAAGAUUGCAAUACAUGUUGGGUAACUGCCAUUCUGACCAUAUGGCCAAACAGGUACUGUUGAUUGCGAUUAUCUGGUUGAUUGGGACAGCACCAACCAUGUUUUCUUAAAAUUCCAAAGCUGAUGUAUUCUAAUUGUAUCGACAAUACCUUGUAUAAAUAUAUACCAUUUAAAUAUCCCAGGUCUACGACAGUAACGGAGAUGGCCGAGUAUCGAGGCUGGAGUACCUCAGGUAUCUCCUGCAGAUGGUCCCUGACCCGACGUUGAACCGCCUGUUUCAGGCAACGUACGACAUCAUCGAUGUCGACAGCGACAGCAUCCUUGACAAGCAUGACUUCGACAACUUCUUCUCGCUGAUCGACUCCAACAGUGACAACCAAAUUGACCUGGCCGAAUACGUCCGGUAAGUUACCUUAUAUGUAGUGACCUGGUCGAAUAAGUCCGGUAAGUUACGCUAGAUGUAGUCACCUGGCGGAAUACGUCCGGUGAGUUACCCUAAAUGCAAGGACCUGGCCGAAUACAUCCGGUAAGUUAUUCUAGAGGAAUUGUCCUUUGCCGAAUAUGUCCGGUGAGUUAGGCUAGACGUAGCGACCUGGCCGAAUACGUCCGGUAAGUUACCCUAGAUGAAGUGACCUGGUCUAAUACGUCUGGUGAGCUACGCUAGAUGUAGUGACCUAGCUGAAUACAUCCGGUAAGUUUUCUUAAAUGUAGUGACCUGGCCGAAUACGUCCAGAAGUUACCCUAGAUGUAGUGACCUGGCGGAAUACGUCCAGUAAGUUACCCUAGAUAAAGUGACCUGUGCUAAUUAGUCCGGUGAGUUACCCUAGAUGUAGUGACCUGGCCGAAUAAGUUCGGUGAGUUACCCUAAAUGUAGUGACCUUGCCCAAUACGUCCGGUAAGUUACCCUAGAUGUAGUGUCCUGGUCGAAUAUGUCCGUGAAGUUACCUUAGAUGUAAUUAUCUGUUCGAAUGCAUCCGGUAAGUUACCCUAGAUUCAGUGACCUGGCCGUACAUUUCCGGUAAGUUACCUUAGAUGUAGUGGCUUCAUUUAUAGAUAAUAUUGUUUAAAUGCAUUUGCAAUAAAACCCGGAUAUCGCAAUCCAUCUGUGUUAUAAAUAAUAGAAUUGUUACGGCAUAUUUUCUAUUUAAACAUUUACCUUAACAACUGUACGGAAAUUUAAUUAUCCUUUUAGAAAAGAGUUGUACAACAAUAAUUUUAUUUGUUAAAAAUCAAAAUCUGUUUGAAUCUAUCUUUUGUGCCCCUCAGCUAUUGGUCUGUUCUCAUGCCUGGACUGGAGACAAGACUCUAGAAACUCUACUAGAUCAUAUCACAGAGAUCAUACAUAGCACAUACUUUUGUUCACUUUUUCUGAUAACUGCAGACCCAUUUUAAUUAAAUUUUGCUUUAAAAAAAGGCUUUCUUAAAAGAAA